AUGUAACACUGAGACUCCAACAUGGCGGCGUUCUACCUGUUAGCUGUGGCUCUACUGUCCGUUACGUACGUGGAAGGACAGGUCAUCGGUCCUGGGAAGUGUCCUGAAGUGAAGGUGCAGGAAGGUUUUGACAUCAGUCAGUAUCUUGGUGCAUGGCACGAGAUAGAGAGAUUUGCAGCGUACUUCGAAGCGGGAAAAUGUCUGCGGGCUAACUACACACUGAAGCCAGACGGGCACGUCAGGGUCGAUAAUGAGGAGAACGUUAACGGCGGAGUAAAGAAGGCAAUCGGCGAUGCCUACAUCCCUGACACCAAAGAGGCGGCAAAAAUCGCCGUUCGCUUUUAUAGUUUUGCGCCGUACGGACCAUAUUGGGUUCUAAAGACAGACUACAAGACUUACACCCUGGUCUGGUCCUGUGUGGACCUCCUGAACCUGACUAACGCCCAGUUCAUGUGGAUUCUCGCGAGAGAACGCGAGCUUGACCCGGCCGUGGUGGACGACCUGCACAAGCUGGCGACCGGAUACGGAAUUGACGUCAGCCACUUCAGCAAAACCGAUCAAACGGGAUGUGACUCCUAAAAAAACUUUUUUUUUUUACGAAAUUAUGCUUCUUCGAGAGACCCAAUAAGUUAAAGAAAAUAGUACUUAAACAUGAAACCGAAAUAUCUAUUAAAGAAUUCAUCUAUAUUGCAAUAUUGCAAUGGGUUGUCAAUGUUGAAAGAGUAAAAUAUACAGUAUUCCAAACUGAAUGUUUUUACAUUUGUGUUAAAGCGAGGAAAAUUAUGUCUGUAAUGAGCAACUUAAAUGCAUCGAGAAUAAACAUCGUUCCCUU